UUUGCUGAUAACUAAUCUUUUAAUGUUAAACUUUAACCACUGUCUGUCAAGUUCAUGACUAAAAAUCUAGCUUCACCGAAAGACUACAAAUCAAAAGAAGCAACAAAAUGGUCAUAUCAAAAUUAUUUAGAACUUUGUGCUUUAUUACUUUGUUAUCAAAACUUUAUGCUGAGCAAAGGAAUCAUGUAAGUGACUUUCUGAGGAGACAUGGACUGGAUAGAGAAAAACGUCACGCUGACGCUCCAGUAUUUACACAUUGUCCAAAUGGUUACACGAGGCAUGACAAUUCCUGUUAUGUCAUUACAGACCGAAAAGCAACUUGGACGGACGCCUAUGUGUUUUGUGAGGCAUUCGGUGGACACCUGGCUUAUAUUGAAUCUGAAGGAGAGCAGCACUUUAUAACAAUAUUCCUAAACACAACAGCAAACGCGGGAAGAGAUCACACGACAAAUUACUAUUGGAUUGGAGGGACAGAUGCCGUCACUGAGGGCGAGUGGUUGUGGGUACCUGCUGUCAAGCCUGUUAAGUAUACCAAGUGGAAUCCUGGAGACCCAAGUAGUUUUGUACAAGACUGUAUUGCCUUGUAUUGGAAUGGUGUAUGGGAUGACGGGACAUGUGAAGAGAAACAUUACUUCAUUUGUGAGAUUGAAUUGGAAACAGAAAUCAACCAGAUAGUUGGCUAGCAGAGAACUCACGAUUUUUGUGCUUUCUGGUAUAUAUUUCGUUACAUUAGAGCUGAUUUAUUUCGUAAAAGAAUAAAUUGCAAUUGUUUACUUGUGUUGUUAGUUUAUAAAGUCUUAAAGGGUAUAAAUCUAUAUUUCCGCUGUCUGUUGAUUGUAAGAUUAUUGUUUUAUCAAACCUAAAAAAAUCAUUAAUUAUUCAUAACUUGUACGAUAACGUUUGAUGCCAUGUAUCCAAGUUAGAAAACUGAUCAUGUGAAGAUCUAUAUUAAAUUCCUAGCCUGAAUUAUGUAACUGGUCCAUUUUCUUUUAGCAUGUCAUAUGUACAACUAUUAUUUUUUAUACUGUAUAAAUGAUACAUAUAUUCAUUGUUUGACAUUGAUGCAAAUGGACGAUGAACAAACUGCUAAAGUCUAAAAGAAAUAUUCAUGCCAUUUCUGCUCCAUUUGCGCUUAGCAUUGAAAUAAA